CAUUACAUCAAAAUGUUAGCACACGAUUUUCUUAAGAAGAAUGAUCGGGAUUUUGUGCCAGCUUCUUCACGGCAAGUUUUUUUUAUUAAAUUAAUAUUUUUCAUUUUUUUCAGAUCCGCGUGGUACUUCCUUAUUCUUAUAAUGGCCAAAAUAUGCAGGUGUACUGGUAUUUUCUUCACAGACAUACUUGCCAAACAAGUACACGUUAUUGGUCUACUUUGGUUUGCAAAGGCAAUAGCAUCUGCCGUUCUUUUGCCCACGCAAAAGCCCUUUUCUUCUGGCCGUUCAAUUAGGAAGUCUUUGCAAGUAAGAAUAGCACAAUUGGCUCUUUUUAACACACUGGUCGAAAUAAUUUGGUUUUAUGGCAUUACAUUCUGCGGUCCAUUCCGCUCCAUUCUCGUCUUUGAGCAAAGCCCUACAGUUUUAUUAGUUGCUCUAAUGUUUUUAGUAAAUGGUGGUGGGAAUGCAGCAAAAAUGCGUGGUGUUUUUUAUUUAUGUGUUGGAUGGAUUGUUCUAUUUUUCAUGGAUUCUGAUGCUUCAAACGCUCCGAAUCACUCCGAAGCAUAUAAACAUCAAAAUGGUCUCAAUCAUAUUUUUUAUCAUAUUCUUGGAUGGUUUGGAAUUUCUGAUCAUUGUGGUGGCGUUCUUUUGUUAAUGUUAGCCGUCAUUUUUCGUAUGGUUUAUGACUCCAAUUUCAGACAUUUAGCUGUGGAAAUUGGCGGCCCAAAAAGACUAUAUGCGAUGAUUUGUGUUCUUUCAUCGAUGCUACUUACGCCAUUUGCAGUAUUGUCGCUUGUUCUUAGCUCGUCAUCAAUCGGUUCCUAUUUCGAAUUUCCACUUCUUCUAUUCAUGUCUACUGCGUUCGUAAUGAUUGUCGAUUUUUACGCGGAGCAUAUAUGCUUUCAGCACGUAGCUGAUCCGGUCAUGGCGAUUGCUCGUUGGUCUCCUAUAACAAUGUUUUUGGCGUCCCUUUUGAUCACUUGGUUAUGGGUAGAUGGAUCAGCAACUGGCAGUCACACAAUCAGUGCAGGAUCAUUGAUAGCUGUUGCCUGCUUUUGCCUCGCCUCAUAUGUGUUCACUUCUCAGGAUUCCCCUCGUUCGAUGGGAGGUCAUUUCAUAGGUAUCUCUGAAGAAGGAAUGCCUCUUUACACACAUGGCGAAGCAUUUCUUCAUAAAACAUCUCGGUUUCUUUAUUUUCUUUUAAAUAGAAUAAAUUAUCUUAGUUCACUUCUACACUUUUUUCAUGAAACAAUCACCGAAAUUCUGGCAAACAGUGAUUCUCGGCGAAUUUUUUGGUUCCUAUGUGCUAACUUGGCUUUCUGUGGUGUUGAGUUUCUUUAUGGUUUUUUGACUAAUUCUCUUGGGCUUAUUUCUGAUGGUUUUCAUAUGCUUUUUGAUUGUUCAGCACUUGUAAUGGGCUUGGUUGCUUCUGUAAUGGCACGAUGGACUGCUAGUCGGCAUUUCUCUUAUGGUUAUGGCCGAGUUGAAGUUUUGUCAGGUUUUAUAAACGCUCUCUUUCUGAUCGUUAUUGCUAUGUUUAUUUUCUUGGAAGCACUUGAACGCCUGUACGACCCUCCCGAUGUUCACACUGAUAAAUUACUGUUUGUUGCUGUUGCUGGUCUUCUUGUUAAUCUUUUUGGCAUGUACGCGUUUCAUGGUGGACAUGGACAUUCACACGGUGGAGGACACGGACACUCACAUGGUGGAGGACAUGGGCAUUCACAUUCAAGUAGUGAUGGCGGAGAUCACGGUCAUUCACAUGGUGGAAAUGCAAAUAUGCAAGGUAACUUUUUAAUUAAAAUUCUCUUAAAGUUAUUUUUAGGCGUUUUUCUUCAUGUUUUGGCUGAUACCCUCGGAUCAGUUUUUGUUAUCGCUAGUACACUACUUAUUCAAAAUUUUGGCUGGCAAUGGGUUGAUCCAUUAUGUUCUUUGAUCCUUUCACUGCUGAUUCUGGGCUCUGUGAUUCCUCUUCUUAAAUCUUCAUCUUCAGUGUUGUUACAAAGUAUUCCUGAUGGUUUGGACGAGAGCAGUUAUGAAAGGAUUUCGAAUGAGAUUCGAGCUAUAGACGGUGUACUUGACUUUUCCGACUUUCAUUGCUGGCAAUUAAAAGCAGGGACAAAUUAUUGCAGCAUACAUAUCCAAGCGCAUCCACAAUCAAAUGAACAACUUUUGCGUCAUCAAGUUCAACAGCUGCUGCUCAAACGUCAUCAACUCAAACAAAUCACUGUACAAGUAGAAAAGGAGAAUGCAUUAUUGCUCAAAAGCUCAAAUAAAUUCCAACAACAAAACCCAAACGAAAAUUCUACUUCUUUUCAUUUAAAAAUUGAGAAUUGA